AUGCCCGUUCCUUUCGAAACCCUGAUUCCCUAUGGAAUCAUGAUUGCUAUGUUCGGUAUCACCGGUACCGGACUGCACGUCAUCAAGGGCAUUCAGAACGGCGGAAAGAAGCCCCGUUGGGGCUUGGAUCAGUGGGAUAGGGUGAUGAUGGACCGGGAUCGCAGACUCACGGGCGAUCUGCGGGGACAGAUUGCCAACCACGAAGCGCCUCCAGGCUUCGAACUGAACCACCCCUGGAGAUUGGAGAAGCGUAUGACAUAG